CUGCCAGUAACAGGUCUCGAAUUUUUUUUCCCCUCCCACUCUGCUGUGUCAGAGGAACGCAGACAGAAGUACCUCUGUUUCGGGCUCCACCGCUGGAGGAGGAGUUUUCAUUCAGACUUUCUGAAGAGGUGGAGAUACUGAGAGACUCACCAGAAAAAGGUCCCCUGAGCCAGCCUGGGGAUUCAGUCCUUUUCCUGCUCCUGUUCGCCAUGGACCUGCCUUCCUUUCCAAGCUUUUCAGAUGUGCCCUGAUGCCUACAUAACUGCAAGCCCUCCCUCCUCUUUACCACCAGAGUGCCACCCUCACUCAACUCCAAAGAAGUCAAGAGCCAAGACAACAUGGAUGCCCCAAUAACAGACGAUUUUCCUCCAACCCUGCCCAUUGAGCAACUCUGCUCCAUUCAUGUCAGCAAUGAGUAUGUGGAACGGCCUGCCAUCUCCUGCCAACAGACCCUCUCCAGCUCUUCCCUUGCCCAGCAGGCCCACAAGUCCGAUUGGUCCCUGUCUACCAUACCCUCUGAUCUGCCUCGAAGUCUCAGCCAAUGCCACCAGCUUCAGCUGUUGCCUCAGCAUCUGAGCCAACCCAGCCUUGCCAGCUCCAUAUCCCACACCACCAUCACCUCUGACCAAAGGCUUCUGACCAGCAUCACUCCAUCACCCUCAGAUCACUCCCUCAUCUGUACCCAGCCUCAGGCAGGGGCUUUGAAAGUGGAUGAGUCUCAGAAAGGUGCAGCAGAGAAGCUGUCCCUCCAUACUGGUGGGCACCUCUUUAUUUGUGAAGAGUGUGGCCGUUGCAAGUGCAUCCGCUGCACAGCCACACGCACCCUCCCCUCCUGCUGGCUCUGUAAGCAGCGCUGCCUCUGCUCCCCAGAGAGCCUCCUCGACUACAGCACGUGCCUCUGCUGCGUCAAGGGUAUCUUUUACCACUGUUCCACUGAUGACGAAGAUAACUGCGCUGAUGAGCCCUGCUCCUGCGGGCCUGGCUCCUGCUGUGCCCGCUGGGCAGCCAUGAGCCUCCUAUCACUGGUCAUGCCUUGCCUGUGCUUGUACCCUCCAGCCCGAGGAUGCCUGAAGUUGUGCCAGCAAGGCUAUGACGGCCUACGGAGGCCAGGAUGCCGAUGCAAGAGCCACACCAACACCGUUUGCAGGAAGAUCUCCUCUUCCAGUGGAGCCGCCUUCCCCAGGGCCAUGGAGAAGCCAGUGUAAAUGCCUUGCAGCCUCCACCCAGCCCCUUCUCUCCCCCUCACCCUUCACUCUGUAGGAAGGAAGGGUGGGGGUCAGAGAAACCAACCAGCCAGGACUCAAGGGCUUGCCCCCAUCAAUCCUGCCAUGCCAUGGGGUGGGCCAAGUGCAUCUUGAGUCCGAGGCAGCUUGUCCUUCCUUCAUUGGCUCUCUGUACCCCCCCACUCCUCCCUUAGCUUCCCCACCCCCCACUUACCUCUCAACUUUUUCUGCCCCAAAGCAAAAAAUAAAUUAAAAAUCAGAUGAUCCAAAGACGUGGGACUUGCACAUUGAAGACAAAUUGAGCCAGCUUCUGGCCAUCUGCCCAUGGCCUCCUCAGCACUGUGUGGCAAGCAGGAGGCUCCCUGACAUGGCCUUCUUCCACACCAGACUCAUUUCCCCAGUGCCUUCGGGGGCUUUCUCCUGAGAAGAGAUGGCUUUCAAAGAGUAACAUGGGGCCACACAGCAAGCAUCCAGGGAGUACCUAAUCUAAUUGUUCUUUCUUCCUUCCUACUUCCCCUCUCUUGGUCCUUGCCUUUCUCAUUCUUUCUCUUCAUCAUCUGCACUCCACUCUCUCAUUCUCAACUUGCCCCAUCAUCCUCUCCUUUUUCCCUUCUUCCUCCAUCUUCCUCCCUGCUCUUUCAUCCCCUCCCCUCCUUCAUUUCUCUCUAUCCCCCCUUAUCCUACAUCCCUUUUCCCAUCUCUCAUCUUCUCUCUGUCCCUUUAUUCUUUCCCUUCCCCCCACCUCCUUCUUCAUCCCUUCCCAGUUCCCUAAUCCCCUCCCUUACUCCAUUUCAUCCCUCAUCUCUUGAUUUUUCCUUUAUCCCCUCACUCUCCCUCAUUCACUCUCUCAUACCUCAUCCCCCCUCAUUCCACAUUUCCUUCUCCAUCCCUCAACCCCUCCAUGCUCCCUCAUCUCCUCUCAGUUCCCUAAUCCCUUGUCUUCUCCCUUACCCAACCUGAUUCCUCAUCCCUUCCCUGAUCCUUUCUCCUCUCAUUGGCUUUUCAAUCCCCUUCCUUUUCCCACAUCUCCUUUGCCGCCCCUUGUCCCAGCCCAACACCGUCACCCCUCCUCUUCUCUCCUCACCCAUCUCCUCAUUGCCUCCCUGCUCCCUCCCCCCACCUCUUCUUCAUGCCUUCUUCCCUCCCCGCCUCUUUCUCUAGCACCUUCAGGAGUGGGGUUUUCCCAAAUGCCUUCCCUCUGCUUUCUUCCCCUUGCUGUGCUAUUACCCAGUCGUACAAAAAAAGAAGGAUUCAUGUGAUAUAUUUACCAAGAAGCCUGCCUGAAACCCAGAUGUAUGAGUAUGUGUGUGUGUACAUGCACUGCACCCACCAUACCCACACAUCUCAAGGCAUAUGGGAUCAGGAUCAAGUAAUCCAGGCUUGGUCAGCUGGAGUCUUGUCCUUUUCCCCCCUCCCCAAACACGAUGGCCUUGGGCAGUAAAGGGUGGAACACAUAGCCCUUCCCUAGAUACUAAUAGCCCUAAGACUGCAUGAUUCAUGUUCUGUGGAUGUAAUUAUAAAACCACAGAACUUAGGGCUGAAAAGGACUUUAAAGAUCUUGCAACCCAUUUGACAGACGAGGAAACAGAGCCCCAGAAAGGGGAUGUAGCAUGCCCAAGGUCACACGGGACAGUUGUGAUAGAGCUGGGGUGAGGACACGGACCUCCAUUCUCCCAGACCGGUGCUCUUUCCUGGCACCACUUCAGGCGUCUUCUCACCUGGCCUCCCGUUAGCAGGGGCAAAAUACAGCCUCCACUUAUCUACUGUUCAAGAAUCAGGGAGAAGUGAGUCAAUGAUCACUGUCCAAUGUCUGUUGGACACCUAUACAUUUAUGAAGUGUUAAGCAUCACUCGUGGACAGCCCUGUUGGCAGGGCCAAGGUUGCAGCUCAUUGGUACAGUAGCUUAGAAGGAGACAGCAUCACUAUUUGCCCGUCUUGGUGACCAAGGGCGGCCUGUUGGAAGAUUGAAAACAAGGACCCCAAAAGGAGACCUCGCUGUGUCAUCUCUCCUAUGGUUCCCCAAACUGGCAGUGCCCCCCCCACCCACGCCCCAGAGCCUCUGCAGAGGCACUGGCCAACACACCUGGUAGCUCAGAACCAAAUUUCAAGGAAAAAGAAAACUUGCAGAUUCAAAAGUCCAAGGUCCCAGGUGUGUAAUACAGGGUGUACAUCCCUCUUUCCUAAAUUGAACUUAAAGUACCCAAGCUAAACUUCCUUACUUGUGAGAGAGACUGCCUCUACGAUUCUCCAAUUGGUCAAGGUCAUACUCUGUGGAGGAACUGCAGGGAUAGGCUCCUAUUGAGGGCUACUGGGAGGAGAAAUUCCCCAGUGCUGCAGCUUUCCCCUCCUAGUGAACCUGAAGCUCACAAAAGGAUUCUGAGGUGGAGGCCACCUUCUCCAAAAAGAGGAGCUCCAGCCUGGUUUGCUACUUACCUGUUUCAUCCAUACAGCUCCUGCCCUCCAAAGUGGCUGUGCAGGUGUAUGUUUCAGGUGCGGGUGGGGUGGUCAGGGAAGAAUAAGAGGGGAAAAUUCACACAUUCUGCAUGAAUGCCAAAGGCAGGAGAUGACUCAAGAGCACUAAAGUCAUCUGUGCUGCAGGUCCUGGGUCAGUCUUGAAUCUUCUGGACCAGACAGGCAUGUACUGCCCAGCAGCCCUGCCCAACUCACUUGCUCCUCUCUGUGGAGAAUUGCUUCGGUCUAUUUUUGUAUAUAGAAACAUACCGGUAUGAUGGUUAGAAUGAUUGCUUUAAUAAUAUUAAUGAUACUACUGUGAAUGGUGCCAUAUGCAAAGGUUUGCCUUCUCGGUACAGAUAUGAACCCAAACAAGUAUCUCUAGCCUUCUCUGUUGCUUUUUAAUCCCUCCUUUGGAAGCCACUUAUUAUUCUCCGGAGCGUGCUUCAGAAUGACCUUCCACUAAAGGCUGUGACUAGCUCUCUGGAACCCAAGGUGUAGGGAGGAAAAGUUCCUCCUUUGUCUCCACCUUAAGUGUGCCUAGAGCUGAGCUAUAUAAAGAUUUGCUGAUACUAGUGCAUUGUGCCUAAAGCUAAAAGCUAUUCUAUGGGUGUUUGCUUAUUACUCCCGAAUCCUGUGCUGACAAUAGCCUUUUUCCCUAACCCCCUUUGACAUCCAUGGGUCUUCAUCCUGUAGUCUUCAUUAAGGCCAAUUGCCCCCAGUCACCAGCAAUGGGUCCCCCAACUCUGUCAUACACUCAGAGGGUCUUUUCUCUCGGUGGACUUCAGAAUGGUCCAACACCAGCCUCCAGGAAGCUGAGAGGUUCUCAGAAUUCAGUCUGCUGAUAAAGCAGGAGUUUCACUUGGUUCCAAGUUGACUGGACUUGGGCAGCAUCAGGUUCACCAUAGAUAGGUUCAGUGGGGGAUUCUUGUAUGUGUGUGUGUGUGUGUGCAUAUAUCCUUCCCAUUAUGUACAGACAUGUAUCCAUAUCCAUAUAUAUAUAGAUAUAUGUGUGUAUAUGUAUAUACACACAUGUAUAUUUAAAAUAUAGACAACGAACUUCUAAAUCCUCCAGAAAAGCUUGGUUUUCAUGAUGUUUCUACUUUGUGUCAUGUAUGUUAUAAACAGCAACCUUACUGAGUAUUUCUUGAUUCUAUCUAUGUAUAUAUCUAUCUAUGUAUAUAUCUA